AUGAAUACAAAUAGUUCUAAAUCAGUAAAAGUAAAGAAUAAAUCAGCUGCUCCGGUGCAGAUUACAGCUGAACAGAUUCUUAGAGUUGCACUUGAGAAUCAACAAUCUCUACCGAAAGCACCAAAACAGAAUAUUACAGAUCUAGAGGAACUCAAAGAGUAUCGUACGAGAAAGAGAAAGGAAUUCGAAGAGACAUUGCUGCGUAUCAAACCGGUGGGACUCUUUAUAAAGUAUGCGACAUGGGAGGAAUCACAGAAGGAGUUUGAGCGUGCACGCUCGGUGUUUGAGAGAACACUCGAUCUCUACUAUAAAGACAUCAAUGUCUGGUUGAAAUACGCAGAGAUGGAGAUGCGUAACAAGUUUAUCAAUCACGCGCGUAACGUAUGGGAUCGUGCUGUCACGCUGCUCCCGAGAGUACCGCAACUCUGGUUCAAAUACACAUUCAUGGAGGAUAUGAUGGGAAACACCUCGGGUGCACGUGCAAUCUUUGAACGUUGGAUGUCGUGGAAACCCGACGAACAAGCUUGGAACUCUUAUAUUAAAUUCGAAUUACGUUUAACUCAACCAGAGAAUGCUAGAUCAAUCUUUGAAAGAUAUGUAUUAUGUCAUCCAUAUACAAAAACAUGGAUAAAAUAUGCAAAGUUUGAGGAGAAGCUAGGAAAUAUAGAGAAUACUAGAAGUGUGUUUGGUAGAGCGGUCGAUUUCUUGGGUGAUGAAGGUGUCGAUGAAACAUUGUUUAUAGCAUUUGCAAAGUUUGAGGAGAAGUUCAAGGAGGUGGAACGUGCUCGUCAGAUUUACAAGUAUGCUUUGGAUCACAUUCCCAAGUCAAAGGCGGCAUCUCUGUUUGAGACGUUCACCAACUUUGAGAAACAGCAUGGCGACCGUCUGGGAAUCGAGGAUGUCAUUCUGGGAAAGCGCAGAUUCCAAUACGAAGAGGAGAUCAAGAGCAAUCCAAAGAACUACGAUGUCUGGUUUGAUUAUACGCGUCUCGAGGAGUCGGCUGGCGAGGUGGAGCGUGCGCGCGAAGUUUAUGAACGCGCCAUUGGAAAUGUGCCGCCAUCGGUCGAGAAGCGCUACUGGCGUCGCUAUAUUUAUUUGUGGAUCAACUACGCGCUCUUUGAAGAGUUGGUCGCGCAGGAUGCGGAUCGCGCGCGCCAAGUCUACCAGGCUGUGGUCAAGCUGAUUCCACACCAGCAAUUCUCAUUCUCAAAACUCUGGAUUAUGUAUUCGCACUUUGAAAUUCGUCAGAUGUCGCUGGAUCGCGCACGUCAGAUCCUCGGACAAGCCAUUGGAUUGGCGCCAAAACCAAAAAUAUUCGACGCCUACACCAAGCUCGAGAUUGAACUGGGCAACUUUGACCGUGUCAGAAAACUCUACGAGAACUUUGCACAGUUUGAACAAUCGAUUGCCAGUUACGAUCUCUCGCGACAGAUCUUUGCCGAGGCAAACAAAGAGUUGGUAAACAGCGACAAAGAAGAGAGAAUUCUCCUCUUGAAACAAUGGAAGUAUUUCGAGCAGAAACACGGUACACAAGAACAAUUGGAAUCAGUAGUAAAGAAAGAACCAAAGACUGUUAUUAAGAGAAAGAUUAUCAAAGCACCGGAUGGAUCGGAUGCAGGAUUGGAAGAAUAUUAUGAUUAUAUAUUCCCUGAGGAACAAACAGCACAACCAAAUCUCAAACUUUUGGAAAUGGCACAGAAAUGGAAGAAACAAAAAAUGGAACAAGACCAAUCGAAAUAA